AUGGAACACUUUGCCUUGCGAAAGAUGAGCCCGAAAGCCAUCUCGUACUACGCCUCUGGAACCGAUGACGAGGUCACUAAGAUUGGGAAUGGCACCAUUUUCCGAUCCAUUCUCCUACGACCACGGGUUUUUGUUGACUGUACCCGGUGCUCCUUGUCGACAAACCUCCUUGGAAAUGCAGUUGGAAUGCCAAUCUACGUUUCGCCCGCGGCCAUGGCCAAAUUGGCGCACCCAGUAGGCGAGGCAGGCAUUGCAGCGGCGUGCUCAAAGUUCAAAGGGUUGCAAAUCAUCAGCAAGAAUGCGUCAAUGUCUCCCUUGGCGAUUGUGCAGGCCGGCCCAGACGCCACUUUUGCCUGGCAGCUCUACGUUCUGAAGGAUAUCGAAGCGACCGAGAAGACAUUGGCACAGAUUCGAGCCAUUCCACAAAUCAAAUUCAUCGUGCUCACACUAGACGCUCCAUUCCCCGGCAAACGAGAAGCAGACGAGCGAUUCAAGAUGGCAGAGAUUGCGGGGGGUGCGCCACCGGGGGUAUGGGGCACAGAGUCGGGACUGACGUGGAAGGAGACGCUCGCCUGGCUUGCCAAACACACGACUCUCCCGAUUGUGCUGAAAGGCAUCCAGACGCACGAGGAUGCGUAUGCGGCGACCCUGUUUCCGAGUGUGAAGGGCAUCAUCAUUUCGAAUCAUGGUGGACGGGCCCUGGAUACGACAAUGACGCCUGUACAAGUACUUCUGGAGAUUCGGAAGUUCUGUCCCGAAGUGUUUGACAAGAUUGAUGUUCUCAUCGAUGGAGGUAUCAAAAGAGGUACAGACGUCGUCAAAGCUCUUGCUCUAGGAGCCAAGGGUGUCGGCAUUGGAAGGGCGGCACUGUACAGCUUAGCUGUUGGGGGACAAGCGGGUGUUGAAAGGGCAUUACAGAUUCUUGCGGAUGAGACCGCCACCGCAAUGAGGCUGCUUGGUGUUGAGUCUGUGGAUCAACUUGGACCAAGACACAUUAACACGAAUGGUUUACAAGCGCAGCUUUAUGAUGGAUCGUCCGGCCUCGAAGCGAUCGAUAUAGAGUUGAAGUCAAAGUUGUGA